GUCGGCGCAGCCUGGCGGCCGGGUGUGUGCGCACGUCGCGAGCGAGCCAGCCACAGAGCCAUGCCGUGCUCCGCCAUCACGCUCUCGCUGGCCACCGUUGCCGGUGUGGUGGCCGUCACCCUGCUCGGCAUCGCGUUCGGCACCGACAACUGGGUGUACAUCCGCGUCGACCGGAAGCAAAUCCAGGAGGACAUGGCCAGCGGCGUGGGUACGCUGUCGGCGGCGGACCAGGAGCGGUUCGAGUCGGAGGCCAUCUACCGGUCGCGCACCCAGGGCCUCUUCAGGACCUGCUUCCCAGAGAGCCGCCCCAAAGGAGUGGACCUGUACCUGAGUCCGGUGGAGACGUACUGCGAAAACAUCAACUACUACAUCCCCGACGAGGAGAACUUGACCAAGACUUUCUCCGAGGAGCUGAUGGCCCGACUGCACAUGGCACGCUCGAUGAUAGCGCUGUUCAUUGUGGCAUUCUUCUUCAUCUUUGUCGCCUUCUGGACGGGAGUGGUCGGCUGCUGGCGCCGCUCAGCGGGCAACAUCGGAACUACAGCUGCCCUCAUGUUGUUUGCCUGCCUCUUCUCGGCUGGCGCCAUGGGGCUGUGGCACGGAGUGCAGUACUUCGAGCAGAAGAAGCUGAACGAGGAGCCGUACUACCGCAGUUGGCCCCCGCUGCUGCAGCGAUACAGCGUGGCCGUGUUUGAUUGGUCGUACUUUAUCGCCUGGGUCGGGGUCGGAUGGGUGCUGAUCUCGGCGCUGCUCUUCGUGGGCGCUUCCAUCUGCCUCAAACGCGAGAGCUACAGCGAGAAGCGCAAGAACCUGCCGUACAUCAUGCCCGUGUACCCGACAAAGUCGUCCAACGGCGGCUACGGCCCCGGCUACGGCUACAACACCUACAACUACCCUGGCCCGUACUACGGCUCACAGUACGGCGGCUACAACUACUAACCUGGGUCGACGCCUCCUGUCGUCACUAGCGCCGCCUAUCGUCGGCCGAUGAACUUACAGUGUCCAGUGUUGCCGUGCAUUCGCCCGGCGCUCGCGUGGCAUCUCGGCCGGGGCGAGCCAGGCAACUCGGGAUAGCCCUGCAAUGCUAGUGAUGCGCCAGUGCUCGUCUGAGACGGCACUCGCUUACGUCAUCGCCAUCGGAUGCGUUCUGAGCCUGCGCUUAGCUAUAGCGUUGUAUGACCUUCGCCUAACACAAGUCUGAUGCGAACUGACAAGACCUGUGUACAUGAUGUCUAUGAUCUGUCGGAUCGCUCUUCAGUCAUUGUUUCCGCAGGCGCAUCGCGCAUGCCGGAGCCAUUGCAUUGUAGCCCAUCUGCCCCCGGGCACGGUGGUCGAUUCUCCGCGAUGUCUGUUUGAUAUGUGUGCCCUUCUCGUGCAGCUAAGGCAUCAGACGCCUCGACCCAGUGUAGAUUCUGCACGCGGUGUGCAGUCGGGACGAGAUGUUGCUUGCCGUUCUCCGGCCCUUCCAAAGGCUGAGAGUUUUGUCACGCCUCGUUUCCAGCCAUGGAAAAUGUGUGCUCUAUAUCGCAUUUCACAAAACAACACCGAAUGGCUCGGGAUCGCCGAGACAUCGCCGGUCAGUGAGAGUCGCUGAGGGUCAGUGAGGGUCACUGAGGGUCAGUGAGGGUCACUGGGGGUCAGUGAGGGUCACUCCGCGAGACUUCCAUGUGGAAGCCUUCCGGGGGCCCUGUACACGAGUUCCGCUGUUGACCUCCUAACCGCCUGACCCGUCUCGUCGCCCGCGUCCCGCUCUCAGAUCCGCCUGUUCCGACUUGUAUGUUUACCUAUGCAGACAAUCGAUGUUCUCCUGUUUCAAAUGUAGCGCAGCAACUUACUGGUGUUCCGUUGUCAAUAUGUCGCGCAUUCUACUUAUGAAGAAGCGUUUUAGUUGUAAAGGUUAGGCCGACGCGCGGCCGCUCCCAGCAGUAAUUUACUGCCGCCGCGCCGCAGCAGUAAAUGCCAGUGAUGCAGGUUUCACAUCGACAUUCAGUGUGUGUUGUAUUUUUGUGAGCGCGUCUCGCCGGUCGCGCCGGCCGAGAGCCCCCGAUCAGUAUCUCCGUCCAGUGUGCAUGUGCUCCGGGGCUCCCCAGACGAGCUGGGCGCCUCGGCUGGUGUGCUCGCAUGCCUGGGACGUCGUCUGUCUGUGGAGCACCCUCUGACGGCGUGUCGGUGCCCCGCGGCUUGACCUGACCUCGGUCGGUCGGUCAGCACACCUCAGCUGACGCGCCAGCUGACCUCGGCCAGCGCGCGUCGGCGACGGCGGUUGACCUGGGGUCGGCGGACGCGCCAGCCUUUCCCCGAGUGGUCAGUAGGGUGCUGCGGGUGCCGACCUCUGUCAGGGAGGGAGAUCGCUCCGAAUGCAGGUGUGCGCGAGCGACCGCGUGAAUUAGAACAUUCUGAAUGGUGGAGCGCAUGCGAGAAUUACAUAGGAUAAGCCAGAUGUUCAAUGCCUGAUUGUUGCGAUGAUCGUGCGUGACCAUCGUUAAGAAUGUACAGAUUUACGUUGCUAACACUGGAAAUAUCGACCAGGAGGUGCAGUGACAUCUCUGCCCGCAUUGCACGUGUAAAUGGUGUAUUCGUUUACAAAGCGCAAAAAUAAACCAAGCGCCUUCGUCAA